GUCUGUCAUGAUGCCUUUUCUCUUAGCCAAUUACAUUUUAGGACCUGUUUUCAAGCAGCCAAUCACAACGCUCCUGUCAGCUACACAUUUGGUGUUUUUUUGUGUGUGUGUGUUUACAUGCGACGAUCAUGGCUGCAGAAGGUGACUUCUUGGCGAGAUACCGUGCUGUAUCGAAUAAACUCAAAAAACGUUUUCUUCGGAAGCCUAAUGUCGCAGAAGCAAGUGAGCAGUUUGGCCAGUUAGCCAAGGAGCUAAAGCAGCAGGACUGUCUGCAGUAUGCAGCCUUCUGUAACCUGGCCAUGGCCCGAUGUGAGCAGACUCUCUUUAAUGCUCCUGGCGAAGCCCUAGCGCUGACGGAUGCGGCCCGGCUCUUUCUGUCUUCUGAGAAGGAGAAUCGAUCUCUGCAGGCACCAGGCUUUGAUGAGCAUCUUCAGGCUGCACUCAACUGCUACAGUUUUGCCAUCAAGGUGUAUGUUGAGAUGAACCAGCCUGUGAUGGCUGCAAGUCUUUGUCUAGAACUUGGCAAUGCACUCAAGGAGAUGAACCGACCAGGAGAGGCUAUCGUUCAUUACCAGAGGGCUGCAGAGCUGCAGACACAGAUGCCAGUGGAAGCUGUUCUGUCACUGGGAGAGAUGGCUUCAUGUAAAAUUCUCACACGUGACUAUGAUGGUGCGCUGACAGUGUUUACAGAGAUGCAGUUGAUGUGCCAGGAGAGAGGACUGCAGCUGCCAGGCACCAGCACUCCUGUUGGUGCUUUUCUGGACAUUGUGGCAAGAUGUGAGAUCUCCAGAGUACUACUGCUGAUGCUGCUUGAGCCUCCACCUCAGAAGCUGUUGCCAGAGCACGCACAAACACUGGAGAAAUACGCAUGGGAGUCCUUUGACCCACACAGCCAAGUGACCUUCCUGCCAGAAAAUGUUUUCCUGCUGCUGCAGUCGGUCGUGAUGGCAUGCCAGGAGAAAGACACAGAGUCCUUGAAGUCUCUUCAGACAGCGCUAUGGCCACUACUGACAGCUGAGCAGAAUCACCUCCUCCACCUAGUGGUUCAAGAGCGAAUUACACCGUCUGGCCAAGGCAUUUAGUAGCGUCGUCCUGUGAUGCGCUUCUUCUGGGAAGCUCAAAUCAUUGAACAUUCCUGCAUGUGACUGGGUCUGUUGUAAGGCCUCCCCAAACGCUGUUGUCUUAACUUGCACUGAGAAAUACAUCACAUGAGAAGCUUAAACACGUCUGUGCUGUGAUGUCACCGUUAUUAAAUAACCUUGAGGCACCUUGGGGAACCAAACGCUGUGCUUAUUUGACUGUUUGAUUCUUCAUUUGUAAAGAUAGUUCUAUGAAACUUGGCAAUGAUUCUUUUUUUUUUUUUUAAUUCCAUGAGGCCCCCUUACUCUAGGUAUAUAGAAUAGGAGAUUUACCCUUAGGAUCAUUCAGUUAGGCUGUAAUAACCUCAUCCCAAAUAUUACACUUUGUGCUUCAUUUUUGGAGAUAAUGCACAUGUUGUGUUUUUCCCCUUAAAAUAAUCAGUGGUUCUUAUGACAAAAAGGCCAUAAAAACUUUUCAUAUUUAUGUUACCAGCGACCAUUUUGGAAACUUCUUGAUUUAUUUGUUUGUUUAAGCUAACUAAAGCCCUCAAUGUUUAGUGCUUCAUGUGAUGGACACCAAACGGGACUAUUUGAUAUGUAUUCUGUAUUUCUGCCAUUUAAUAGUACUGAUUUAAUGAAUAAAGCGUGAAGAUUU